AUGCCAUGGACCUGGUGGUUUGGAGUUAAGUUUGCUGCAGGUGGUUUGGGUACAUUCCACGCAUUGGUGAACUGUGUUGUACAUGUGAUCAUGUACACGUAUUACGGGUUGUCAGCGUUGGGUCCAGCCUACCAGAAGUAUUUGUGGUGGAAAAAGUACAUGACUUCCAUACAACUGACCCAGUUUGUGAUGGUCACUUUGCACAUUGGCCAGUUCUUCUUCAUGAAGAAUUGCCAGUACCAGUUCCCAGUCUUCCUCUAUGUCAUCUGGUGGUAUGGAUUCAUUUUUUUGAUCCUGUUUCUCAAUUUUUGGUUCCACGCCUACAUCAAAGGACAGCGGCUGCCAAAAGCUUAUCAGAACGGCAAAGCACACCAAAACGGGCACGUGAAGGACAAACAUCAUUGA